CACCUGGGCUCGCUGCCUGACCAGUACCUGCAGAACCUGCUCGCCACUGAGCCCCUCGUCCGUGAUUCAGAUGCCAGCAAGGCCCUUGUGGCCCGAUCCUGCACCACGGGGCAGAGCGAUGCCGGUGCCUGGAAGCCAACUCCAGCCCCACCACAGAAGCUGGAGGAGGUGCUGGUGGUGGUUGGCGGCCGUGUGUUGGAGGAGAGCGAAGAUGAGGACGGGGGCGUGGGGAUGCCGGCUGCCCCCAGGAACUUUGCCUUCUACAACCCCAAAAGCAGACGAUGGAUGGCCCUGCCCGACUUCCCUGACUACAACAAAUGGGGCUUUUCCCUGGUGGCGCUGAACAAUGCGGUGUAUGUUACUGGGGGCUCCCGGGGGUCCCGAAAUGACACAUGGUCGACGACCCAGGCCUGGCGCUUCUGCCCCAGGGACGGCACCUGGAAGCCCAUCGCUUCCAUGCUGAAAGCCCGGACAAACCACACCAGCGCUGUCCUUAACGGCGAGAUCUACGUCAUCGGAGGGACGACGGUGGACGCGGUGGAGGUGGAGCGUUAUGACCCCUACAACAAGAGCUGGUGCGCCAUCAGCCCGGCCCUCAAGUAUGUCAGCAAUUUCGCAGCUGUCGGCUGCCUGGGCAAGCUCUACCUGGUGGGCUCCUGCGCCGUCAAGUACAACGCGCUCACUCUGCAGUGCUACAACCCCGUCCAAGAUCUGUGGAGUGCCAUCACAUCCCCCUUCAUCCCCAAGUACCUCUCGGCCCCACGCUGCGCUGCCCUGCACGGCCUCAUCUACCUCAUCGGGGACAACACCAAGAAGGUCCACGUCUACAACCCCGAGGCCAACAUCUGGCAGAAG